CAGUCAAAAUGUUGCUUAGCUGGCUUAAAUUGGGCUGACAAAUGACCUUGUCCGACCCGAACGCGUUUUUCAAAAGUUUAUGUUUCACCAGAUUCGGCUUCGACUGUUGUACUGCCAUUAAAAAAUACAAACUAUCCAGUGUGUACUCGUUUAUGGGCUUCAAAAUUUCCGUUUUUAUCAGCGGCAACACUAUUUUUUCCGCCUCCUUAUCUGUUACCUAAAUUAUAAUAUUAAAAUAGAAAUUUUUUGAGAAAAAUAUAAAACUCACUUUUUCCAAUACGUUGAGAAUGAAAAUAUAGGAAACCAAUGUCAGGUAAGUUCUCUCUUUUCCAGCCGAUAUAAGUAACUCGAUAAUUUUUUUCUGUUCCUCUGCAUUGCUUCUGUAAAACAGCUCGGAUCGUAUAAUAGCUCCACAUACCAAUAUUUGACCUGAGCUAACAUCAGCAUUUUCCUAACAAAAGAAUAAUAUUAACAUUUAACUAAGAAAAUAUAAACAUUAACUCACCCCUUUGGUAUUGCUUCCAACUCUAUGUAAAUGCUUUUCGACAUGUUCAAACAAAUCGCUAACACUUACAUCCUCCCUAAUACCCAGUAACCCAACUAAAGCCGAGUAAAACCCAGUACGGGCCUGAUUUGUGGAAGACCCCAGCCCCCUUAUAAUCCUCCCCAGAGCGUAUUUAAGCUCGGAAUCGUCCUAAAACACACAGCACAUGUCUUUUAGAGGUUAUGUUUUGACAGCCGUUCUAACCUUACUUUUUCGUUUUCUUUGAUUUCCGACAAGUGGUUGAGAAGAUUCGACGCACUUUUCACGCGGACUUUCUCGUUGGGGUUGGUGAUCUUCGAAAAGUUGUCCAAAACCGUCUGUUUCACUUUUCUUUUCGGUUUUUCGUCCGGGAUUACAUCCACAUGCGUUUCCUCGUCCAUGUUGAGAUAUACAUGCGAGCAGGGGUAUUCACUUGGGUUGGUAUACAACCAAUGUUCUUUAUAUGUUUUAAAUUAGUUGUUAUUUUUUAAAUAUUCAAUGCGGUGGUUUUAAAAAGAUUGCUUGUUUGUUGUGAUUGUUGUUUAAAAUAACAUUUUAUCAUGGAAAAGUGUAAUUUUAGAAAGUUCGGUAUGUAGGUUGGUAGUGCUUGCGUCAGCCCGGUAUGGCUUGUUUAUGUUGAUUUGCCUUUUGUUUUCAGCUUGUCAAAGUCGAAAGUCACAAAACCCAUCCAUACUUAAGUUCGUUUUGCAAAGCUACUUUGGAAUUGCGUGUGAAAAAGUUAAAAUUCCAGCGAAAUAAAUUCCCCGUGGAAGAAAGAAUGCAAUGAGCGCGAGGUUGGCGGCAUUGUCAAGCUUGUGUCAAAAGAGCGUGAGUUGCGCAUGCUUUUAAGGUCGUUGAAAAAAUAUGGCCGGACGUAAUAACUACGAUGAUCGCGAUGGAAGCCAGUACUCGAGUCGGAGAGGCGGCGGGAAGAAACAGUUGCCUUCGGAGCCCCCGUUUACCGCCUACAUCGGAAAUUUGCCGUACGGCAUCGUGCAGGGAGAUGUGAACCGCAUUUUUAAGGAUUUCGGGGUGAAAAACAUCCGCUUGGUUAUGGACAAGGAGACGGACAGAUUUAAGGGGUUCUGUUACGUGGAAUUCGCCACCGUUCAGGAUCUCGAGAAUGCAAUUUUGAUGAAUGGAAUGGUUGAAGUCGAGGGACAGUCAAUCAAAAUCGAUGUGGCCGAAGGAAAAAGAAACGAUAGGGGCGGCGGUUUCGACCGCGGUAACCGCGGACGCGGGGGCCGUGGCGGCGGCGGCGGCGGCGGCGGUUUCCGCAGCGGCGGCGACCACCGCAGCUUCGGCGGCGGCGGCGGCAUGAACAACGACGACUUUGACAGACGCGGUGGCGGCGGCGGCGGCGGUCGCCAGUUCGAUCGCGAGAACCGCGGCGGAGGCGGCGUCGGUAAUCGCGGCAACUACGGCAACUUUGGCGGCGGCGGCAGCGAGGACGGCGGUCCGCAAGGCGGCGGCGGCGGUCGGGAGUGGACGCAGCAGAGAGGAGGACGCGGCGGUCCCGGAGGCGGCGGCGGGGGCGGUUACGGCGGCGGCAGGCCGCGGCAAGAGAACCGCAGGAGCUUCUCCGAGGAUCUGCCCAAUCCCGCUCCAGACACUUCCGGAAGACCGAAGCUGAAGCUGCAACCGCGCACCGUCGCCGCGCCGGUCAACGCGCUGGCCGAAACGUCGCAAUCGUCGACAAUAUUCGGGGGCGCGAGGCCUCGCGAGGAGAAAGUCGACCCCAAGCAGCCGGGAGAGGGGGAGGAGGCGGCCGCAGAGGCGCCCUCCCCGCCCCAAGAAUAACAGGUGCGUCCCUCGCGCACCCCCCCACCCCCCACUCCCACUCUUGAUUUUUUCUAUUUUACUAUUUAUAAGUUAUUAUGUGAGAAGGUUCAUACAUACAGCAUGUACUACGCAAAAAAUAAUAAAAAUACGAUGAAUAAUAAAUAAUUUAGAUGGGUCAACAAAAUUGUUGUUUUAUGGGAUUCACAGCCCCUUAUCGAUAAGUAUUGUAUAUAUUUGCUAGUGGUAGAUUUUUUUCUAAUGGCAUUUAUUAUGCUCCAACGUUUUUUAGGAUCUUAUAAAACAACAUGAUGACUUUAUUUUCUAUAAUCGAUUAACCAAUAAUCUUGUUUUACUUUUUUUUUUCGUAGUUCUACUACGUUGUUGAUGAUACUUUGCUGUAAAAGUAAAAAUUAUAUAGCUACCGCAUUUUUUACAUUUAAAUUCAAGUUGCCGGACUUGCUCUCACAUUCACGUGGUACGUUUCGGCAAAUAAGUUUUUUGACAUUGUAAUAUUAAAAAGAAAAUUGUGACGAUUUCGUAGAAGCGACUUGAACGUUGCCUUUACCAUCUCGUCCAACCGGCAUACCUACACAUAUUGUGUAAGUAUGCAUUUAUCUGUACAAUAUACAAAAAUAAAUCGUAAGUUCUAAUACUGA